ACGGACCGAAGCAUCCGCUGCCUGACCUGAGUUUUCCACUGCGGGCUCUGAGCGGCACAGCAGAGGACGCUGGUUCGGCUUCACGCGCAAAGCCACGAAAAUGGCACAUUUCAAUAAGGGACCGGCCUACGGACUGUCUGCUGAAGUGAGGAGCAAAAUCGCUCAGAAAUAUGAUCCACAAAAAGAAGAGGAGCUUCGCUUCUGGAUUGAGGAGGUGACGGGGAUGUCUAUUGGAGAGAACUUCCAGAAAGGCCUGAAGGACGGCGUCAUCCUCUGCGAACUAAUUAAUAAGCUGCAGCCUGGUUCAGUCAAGAAGAUCAACCUCUCACAGCUGAACUGGCACAAGCUGGAAAACCUUGGGAACUUUAUCAAAGCGAUCCUGGCCUAUGGCCUAAAGCCCAAUGACAUCUUUGAGGCCAAUGACCUGUUUGAAAACGGGAACAUGACACAAGUCCAGACCACUCUGCUCGCACUGGCUAGCAUGGCCAAGACCAAAGGUAUGGACACAAAGAUUGACAUCGGUGUAAAAUAUGCAGACAAACAGGCUCGACAUUUCGAUGACGAGAAGAUCAAGGCUGGACAGUGUGUCAUUGGACUGCAGAUGGGCACAAACAAGGUGGCGUCCCAGAGGGGAAUGAGUGUAUACGGCCUGGGCAGACAGGUUUACGACCCCAAGUACUGCGCCCCCCCAACCGAGCCGGUCAUCCACACCAACGGCAGCCAGGGCACCGGCACCAACGGUUCCGAGAUUAGCGACAGUGACUAUCAGGUGGAAUUCCAGGAGGAAGAGUACCACGGAGGUUACCAUGACGACUACAGCUCCCAUUACAACGACCAGAGCAUUGACUAUUAGCGGAGACCUCCAACUCCAGAGCAGUAUUAACAAGUGUGUUUUAUCCACUACGCAAAGGAGGAGGUCUUCUGAUGUCCUCACUAGUCUUUUUAUUUUCUUGACGCAUAAAAUGAAACGUUGCCUUGAGUACUUUCCUUCUUCGUGUAGACUCUUUGAACAGCAAAGGUUAUAAGAAGCUGUAGUAGCGUAGUAUAACGAGAUGCAGUGACAAUGUUCUUAAGCUUAACAGCAGUCUUUCUAACACCCACUUCCUGUCUCAGUGAUGGAACGCUGGCGUAGUGAUAAUGUCGCUUGUGUAGUUUUGGGUGAAGCUGCUGCAUUGGAGGACUGAAGCGUUGCAAAUCCAUGUGAAGGGAUUCUCAUGUGUCGUCCUCGACUACAACUUAUGUGCCUCUCCUUUGUAUUCUCCAUGUAUUCGUUCUCGCAGCCAGUUUGGGAUACUGGUGUCCUUUAAUUAGUUUUUUUUACUAAGCUUAAUCACUAGAUCAUUUUGGGUUUUUUUUGUUGUUUUUUUUUAAAUGAUAGGCGUGCAGACCCUGAUGGCUGUCAGGUGACUCAACCUGAGCUACCUGCACAGUUCUCAUCAUGUCCUCGUGCAUCACAUGACCUACUUUUUAAACGUUGUUCCCCUUGUAUUCCCAAGCUGUAUUUAUUGCAGUGAUUGUAAAACUGUCCAAUAUUAUGUAGUCCUUAAAGAAAAUGUUAUGUAAUAAAAUAAAGCCUGUAAUUCUGAAA